UUUCGGUGUUCCAUCUGGCAAACAGCAUUAGUUUUGUAUUCAGGGAAGAUCAAAAUAAAAUUAAGAAUAUUACUGGUUUAGCUAUCAAUUUGACAAAUUAAAAUAAAUGUUCAAGCUGCUAGGAAAACAACAUUUCAAGUUUCAUGCAUGGUUUCGGUAUAGUGACAGGUCGCGCGGAAGUAGGAUAUAUUAGUUAGUUCAUAAGUCAUAAAAUGAGCUUGAAAGGAAAGAAAGACACCAAGAUGAGAAUCCGAGCUUUUCCAAUGACUAUGGAUGAGCGGUAUGUGGAUAGCAUAUGGCAGCUGCUGAAGAAUGCUAUCCAAGAAAUACAAAAGAAGAAUAACAGCGGUCUUAGCUUUGAAGAACUCUAUCGAAAUGCUUACACAAUGGUGCUGCACAAGCAUGGAGAAAGGUUAUACACAGGUCUUCGAGAUGUUGUGAAUGAGCACUUAGUAAACAAGGUAAAACUAGAUGUGAUGACAUCACUAAACAACAACUUCCUGCAGACACUAAAUCAAGCAUGGAAUGACCAUCAAACUAGUAUGGUGAUGAUUAGGGACAUACUGAUGUACAUGGACCGAGUCUACGUGCAGCAGAACAACGUGGAUAACGUCUAUAACCUUGGUCUGAUGAUAUUCAGGGAUCAGGUUCUACACUAUGGCCAGAUUAAGGACCGUCUUCAACAGACGCUUUUGGACAUGGUUAUGUGUGAACGGAAGGGAGAGGUCACAGACAGGGGAGCGGUAAAGAAUGCAUGUCAGAUGCUCAUGGUGCUAGGCAUUGACUCGCGGACCGUGUAUGAGGAGGAUUUUGAGCGACCCUUCCUACAGCAGUCAGCAGAGUUCUUUAGGCUUGAAAGUCAAAGGUUUCUGGGUGAAAACAGUGCAUCUGUAUACAUAAAGAAGGUCGAAGCAAGAAUUAACGAGGAAGCUGAGCGAGCAGCUCAUUAUCUAACGAAAUCUACAGUCGAUCCUAUAAUAAGAGUUGUUGAACAGGAGCUGAUAUGUAAACACAUGAAAACAAUAGUAGAGAUGGAAAAUACCGGUGUGAUACAUAUGCUCAAGAACCAGAAAACAGAAGAUCUGGCAUGUAUGUACAAGCUGUUGAAGCGUGUGGAGGGUGGGCUGGAGGCGAUGUCUCAGUGUGUCAGCAGCUACCUGCGUGAACAGGGCAAAGCACUCGUGACAGAGUCCGAGGAUGCUGAGACGAAGAAUCCGAUCAACUAUGUCCAGAGUUUACUGGAUCUUAAAGAUCGGUUUGACCACUUCCUACACGAAUCGUUUGGAGAUGAUAUGAAGUUCAAGCAAGUGAUAUCUAGUGACUUCGAAUACUUCCUCAAUCUCAACCCGAAGAGUCCAGAGUACCUGUCACUCUUCAUUGAUGACAAGCUCAAAAAGGGUGUGAAAGGGUUGACAGAGCAAGAGGUGGAGCUGGUCCUCGACAAGACGAUGGUUCUAUUUAGAUUCCUGCAGGAGAAGGAUGUGUUUGAGCGUUACUACAAGCAGCAUCUCGCUAAGAGACUCCUGCUCAACAAGAGCGUCUCUGACGAUUCUGAGAAAAACAUGAUUUCCAAACUAAAGACGGAAUGUGGUUGUCAGUUUACCUCCAAACUGGAAGGUAUGUUCAAGGACAUGACCGUGUCUAAUACAACUAUGGACGAAUUCAAGAGCCAUGCACAGACGAUUAACUUGCACGGUGUCGAUCUAUAUGUGCGCGUGCUUACAACUGGUUUCUGGCCUACGCAGUCGUCGUCACCCAGAUGCACGAUUCCAGCUGCACCCCGCCAUGCUUUUGAAAUUUUUAAGAAGUUCUACCUAGCGAAGCACAGCGGGCGACAACUGACGUUGCAGCUGCAACUCGGAUCGGCUGACCUCAACGCGACCUUUUUCGGCAGCAGGAAGGAGGAGGGCGGUGCUAGCACCAGCACAAGCAGUAAGAGCGUUACGCCGCGCAAGCACAUCAUUCAGGUCUCGACCUACCAGAUGUGUGUGCUGAUGCUGUUCAACCAGAGGGACAAGCUCACGUAUGAGGAGAUACAGACGGAAACGGAUAUAGGAGAGAAGGACUUAAUUCGAGCCCUCCAGUCACUGGCGUUGGGCAAGCUCACUCAGCGAAUACUAGUCAAGGAACCCAAGUGUAAAGAAAUAGAGCCAUCUCAUUUGUUCUACGUUAAUGACCAAUUUAUAUCCAAGCUACAUCGAGUGAAGAUCCAGGCAGUGGUUGCGAAGGGUGAGUCGGAUCCUGAACGCAAGGAGACGCGCAGCAAGGUGGGACGAGCGAACCGCAAGCACGAGCGAUAGAGGCGGCCAUCGGUGGCGCAUCAUGAAGGCUAGGAAGCGUAUGCAACAUAACGUGCUCGUCACCGAGGUUAACAGCAGUUGAAGGCGAGAUUCCUUCCAAGGCCUUGUGAU